AUGAAGGAGGCCAUAAUCCAGUUUGUAAUUGAUGCCAUCCGAGCUGAAGCUUUCAACCCAAAGACCCUGUUUCUGAUUGGCGGCCAUACCAUUGGGAAAGAAAGGGUGUUUGUAGAGGUUGCUAGAGCACUCCACGAGAAAGCCUAUGUCACUGCUGCAAAACUACGCAUCUUGGAAUGUCUUGGUUUUGCACAGGAAGAUAUGCAAUGGUUUACCAAAAAUGCACAUGAGAGCCACAUUCGCAUCGUUCCCAUGUGGAGCAUCGCUAGUUUCAAGAGACUAGACCAUAUGUCUAAACAUUACAUGGGUCGAUUUAGUCUGAUGGUUGCAUUUUUCGCCUACUUGUUGGCCGUUUGGCAAAGGAAAGAAGUCGACUGGAAGAAGGUGGCAGAAGGGUGCGAGGUACCAUACAGCAAGCGCAGCAGCUUCACGGAGCUGAAGGAGUUUGUUAAAUUCGCAUCUCCUGCAAACAUCUUCCCAAGUGUGAAUAAUCACAGCCCGGAUUCGCAGAAUUCAAUGGUCUCCCAGCUCUUGUCUUAA